CAGGAGUGCCACCCAUUCAGCCCGGCGCCAACCCCGCAGCAUGGAUGCUGGAAGUCACAGCACCAGCAGCAGCAGAGAGGCUCGGGGUCGACUUUGCUGAGCUCUUCCAAGAGUCGGACCAGUUCAGGUCCAUCAAAGCUCUGAUUGAAGAGUCGAGUGCCCCUCCGGAAGGGGAGCCGGACCUCUUCUUCCCCACGCGGCACCCCACGACGCCCCUCUCCCAGUUCGUGACGCACCUGUGGAAGCGCCACCGCAUGUACUGGCGCAUGCCCGACUACAACGGCGCGCGCUUCUUCUUCUCCUUCAUCAUGGGCCUCCUCAUCGGCGCCGUCUUCUUUGGCUUCGGAGACACCCGGGAAACUCCCCAGGAGAUAGUCAAUGUUAUGGGGGCGCUGUACACCGCGGCGCUCUUUCUCGGGUGGAGCAACCUCGGGUCGAUUCAACCCAUGCUGGCCGUCGAAAGGAGUAUUUAUUACCGGGAGCAGGGGGCAGGGAUGUACGGCGCGAUCCCCUACGCGCUCGCGCAAGGGGUGAUCGAGCUCCCCUACCUGCUUGUCCAAGCUGUGGUGUACUCGUUAAUAACAUACUCGAUGAUUCGGUUCGAGUGGACAUAUGACAAGUUCCUAUGGUACCUGCUGUUCCAGUUUCUCACUCUCCUCUAUUUCACAUGUUUCGGCAUGAUGACGAGCUCCAUCACCCCGGCUGAAGGGCUCGGAAUGCUGCUUUCGGCCUUCAUCUACUCCUUCUGGAACCUUCUCUGCGGCUUCCUCCUGCCGGCGCCGAAAAUCCCCGUGUACUGGAAGUGGUUUUAUUGGAUCAACCCUGUGGCAUGGUCUCUCUACGGCCUUGCUGCUUCCCAGUUGGGAGAUGUAACGACGUUGGUGGUGAGCACACCGGGCAUGCCACCGCAGACAGUAUCGCAGUUCAUUCAGUUGUUUUAUGGCUUCUCCCACGAUUGGCUCGGCUACGCCACUGCUGCUCUCUUCGGCUUCUCCCUCCUCUUCUUCUGCGUCUUCACCUACGCUCUCCGCAUCCUCAACUUCCAGUGGCGAUGAGAGAGCAAUGCCAUAUCAUCUGAUUCUU